CUCUCUCUCUCUCUCUUUCUGUGCGGAAGUGGGGCUGGGCACGCGCGCUGAUAUAAACUCUCGCAAACUUCCUCGUCUUGCACUUUCUGCAGCAGCAGCUCGGUUUGGCUCUAGACUCCGGCAGAACACGCGCGCAGACAUGAGCUGGGACAGCUACAUCCAGAAUCUGAUCAAGAGCGAGUGGCUGGAUGACGCGGUGAUAGUCGGACACACGCCCGGUCAGGAGUCCGUGUGGGCUUCGGCGCCCGGAGGCUGGCUGAGCGGAGUCACGGCAGCGGAGGUCAAAGCCUUAGUAGCAAGUGAACGCAGUGGUCUGUUUGCGAACGGAGUGACUCUGGCUGGUAAGAAGUGCACGGUGCUGAGAGACGCUCUGAACGUAGAUGGUCAGAACACCAUGGACAUCAAAAUGAAAACAUCUGAUAAAGACCCCGACCCGUUCCCUUUCACCAUCGGCAAAACCCAAAAAGCUCUGAUCAUCGCUAAAGGAGUGAAGGACGCCCACGGUGGAAAGGUCAACCCACCGGUGUUCGACAUGACCUUAUACCUCAGAAAGAUGAACCUCUAAAGACACACACACACACACACACACACACACACACACACACACACCACCUGUCUCACUGCUGUAUACACACACACUCACACUCACACUUACACACACACACACACACAUAGAGCAGCUGAGAGAGAGUCUGACCGAUGACCAGCUCAGCGAGUGAAUGAAUGUAUGAAUGAGUGAAUGAAUGAGUGAAGCCGGUCUGGGGUCAGUCUGGGGUCAGUGUGAGGUCAGUCUGAGGCCAGCCUGGGGUCAGUCUGAGGUCAGUCUGGAAUAAGUCGAGGGACAGUCUGAGGUCAGUCUGGAAUAAGUCCAGGGACAGUCUGAGAUCAGUCUGGAAUAAGUCCAGGGACAGUCUGAGGUCAGUCUGGAAUAAGUCCAGGGACAGUCUGAGAUCAGUCUGGAAUACGUCCAGGGACAGUCUGAGAUCAGUCUGGAAUAAGUCCAGGGACAGUCUGAGGUCAGUCUCUCUCCUGCUUCUCUCUCUCUGUGCGACCCUGCCGUCUGCUCCCCCUCCGCUCCGGGAACCAAGGCCGCAGCUGAUCAGACCCGUUCAUUAACUGAUUGAUUGACUGAUUGAUUGAUUAAUCGAUGGUACAUGACACUGGGUGGGCGGAGCUUCAUCUCAGGCCAUUUUAGCAUCUGUUUAUUUGUUACUUUGUUUGUUUAUGGUUUAUUUUUGAUGCUGUACCGAACAAAAUCUGCCCCCCGGCUGCCCAAUAAAGAGAGUAGGUUUAAACCAAGA